CUUCCGGAUUUCGUUCGCAGCAGCAGUUGAAGACCGCUGCAGCUAGCGGUUUAAGCUCAAUAGUUAUUACCGUGCAAUUUAGGAUUCAUGACAGAGUGUAGCUAGCUAGCUAGACAAGCGGCGUCCCAAGCCAAGACUCGAUUAAUUCAGUCGGUGAAUGACAUUCGGCACGCUAGCGGCCGGCGACGUAAAAAGCGAAGCCACGGCACGGGAUACCUCGCUGACCGGAAAGUGGACCGAGACGGUUGCCCGCUCUCCUCCACUCGUCUUCGAGCUCAAAGUCACUCAAUGCUGCGCUCCUCUCGCUCGCCCUCGGCGCAGCACCUCGGCUCGGACUAGCUAGCUAGUUGUUCAUGUUCUUGUUGUUAUCUAAGCUCCGGUUCAAAACAAGGACACGUUUUUGACAUUUGACGACCAAAUUAGGGACCGAGAGACACCGAUCCACGGAGAGAGACGGGUCGGGGCCAGGCGGGGAAGCGAGGGGUGGCCGGAUAAAGUAGGGGGUCGCCUCUAACCCUUGGUGGAUUUAUUCCUAGAGACAAGCAUCACCAUGGAUUGGUUAAUGGGGAAGUCUAAGACGAAGCCCAAUGGGAAGAAGCCGCAAGCGGAAGAGAAGAAGCAGUAUCUGGAGGCGGAGUUCACAAAAGUACGCGUGGUCGACUUCGACCUCAAAGAGCUGGUGCUGCUGCCCAGGGAGAUAGACCUCAACGAAUGGCUCGCCAGCAACACGACGACCUUCUUCAAUCUAAUAAACCUGCAGUACAGCACCAUCUCAGAGUUCUGCACUGGGGACACCUGUCAAGCCAUGACGGCCUGCAACACAAUAUACUACUGGUAUGACGAGAGGGGGAAGAAGACUAAGUGCACUGCCCCUCAGUACGUCGACUUCGUCAUGAGUCUGGUGCAGAAGCUGGUCACAGAAGAGGAAAACUUCCCUACGAAAUAUGGCAAAGAGUUCCCCAACUCGUUUGACUCUUUGGUAAAGAAGAUUUGCCGGUACCUCUUCCAUGUGCUGGCUCACCUCUACUGGGCUCACUUUAAGGAGACAGUGGCCCUGGACCUGCAGGGCCACUUGAACACUCUGUACGCACAUUUCAUUGUUUUCGUAAGGGAAUUCAACCUAGUCGACCCCAAGGAGACCUGUAUCAUGGACGACCUGUCCGAAAUCCUCUGCGCCCCCGCGCCCCCCACCCCAGCGCCCGCCGCCCCUUCCUCCCCCACAUCAGCUCCCUCCCCCUCCUCACACAACCACAUGACGGAGAGAUGAGCAGGGGUUGCCGCGACAAGCAGCCCCGGGAAGAAGACGGUAGAAGAUUAAGAUAGAGAAGAGAUGGAAACGUUCCUGGUCCCCUUCCUAGACCUCAGGCUCCAGCAGCAGGACUUAGAGACCUUCCACUAACAUGAUAUUUCACUGACACCAACAGGAAGGAAGGAAGGAAGGAAGGAAGGAAGGAAGGAAGGAAGGAAGGAAGGAAGGAAGGAAGGAAGGAAGGAA